CCCCAUUCGACCCCCCAAAAGAGAUAAGAGAGCAAAGGUAUCCACACAACUCAAAAGGGAAGGAAGAAGGAGAGCAGUCCGCAGGUUCUUUCUUUAGUGCGAAGCUCUUACUGUUCGAACCAUAACUUGAGAUUUACUCGUCCAAUUAAGGCGUAUAAGGUACCAAAAGAAAGCUCUCAAGACGAGGAAUCCGUGGAGGUCUGGUUUGCAUCAAUCGGAGUAGUGGAAGGCUUCCAGAUUGUCCGAACAAAACGCAACCUCGCAGAACACAGUUUUGUAUUCAACGAAACGAGUUAACCGGAAAACGCCCGUUCUAGGGACUGUUUUCGUGUCAUUCGGUUAGGAGUGGAGCUGGCAGCUGGAGGAGGCUGUUUAACACUCAUUUCUAAGCAAGGAAUCAGUUCUAAAUCAACCUUGACCAAAGCCUUGACCAUUGGAUCAAGAAGGAAAAGUUUAAAGCUCAAUUAAGGUUGAGGCUAGAGCUUGCAUCCUGUGCUCGUUGAUCGAGUGAUUCCUCGGAGAGAAGACUUGAAAUGGACCGUGGUGGCAGGAUUACUAGGAGAAACCCGACUGGCCGUGUACAAGUGGAGACUGGACAGGGCAGUCGAAGGACCUCUAGGGCAUCUAGAGGAGCUGGCCGUGGAGGCCGAUCACAGACCGUGAGUGACGGUCAUGUCGACACGGAAAGUGAAACCUACUGGUCCUAUGAGGACUCGACCUAUCGACCGGAAACUGAACCGGUUGAGACCCCUUAUGAAGGGGAUGAUGACGAUGUAAGUGAUGAGGAGGAAAAUGGCUCCUUAGCACGGAUUGAAGCACUACUUCAACAGUACCACCGUGAGCGUGAGGAGAGGAGGGAACGCCGAAGGCGCCGGGCCGGGCAACCUUCGGGCGGGGCUUCAAGAGGGAGGAGCCAUGGCGACUCUAGGGCCCACACUGAACCACAUGGGGGUCGGGGUGAUGGAGGUCCAAUCAUAAGGAUCUCCAAAUACAUCAAAGAGGCACGAGACUUGGGGUGCAAACCGUUCGAUGGGACGGGUGACAUCUCCGUUUCGGCACAACGGAUUAAGCGGCUGAAUGAGGCAGCCCUGGACAUGCAACUCACCCCCGAAUAUAAACUAAGGGUUGCGGUGAGAUUGCUUGAAGGUAUGGCAUCCAAGUGGUGGGAUGGGACCAAAGGCAAAUAUGGCGAGACUGUCACUUGGGAGGAUUUCCGACAGGAAUUCUUUGCCCAAUAUUACUCGGACUUUGAGGUGAACAAGAAAGUGAGGGAAUACACCCUUCUAACCCAAGGGGGUAACAUGACGGUGAGGGAACUUGAGUACAAGUUCAGGGAUCUUGCCGAUUACAUACCUGAGUAUGCUUGCGACGAGAACCGGAUGGUGAACCACUUCUGGGAUGCUCUAGACUUGGAGAUACGUGACAGGGCAACACAAUUGCCUAACAUGACGUUUGCCCAAGUGGUUGACCAAGGGUUGAAAGGAGAGAAGCAAUGGGAAGAAAGGAAGAAGAGAGACGCCGAGGAGGCGAAAAAGAGAAAGUGGGAGAGUCAUGGCUCCCAAGGUUCCAACAAAAAGGGGAACCACGGGGGAGGAUCUUUCCGGGCACCACCGCCACCAUAUAGGGGGAACCAAGGCCCGAGUGGGCAAGGCGCGAGGUCACAAACCUCAGUGGUAGCUCGUUGCAACAAUUGCAAGAAGAACCACUCCGGUAAAUGUCGCGACCCCCCUAGAUGUUUUCAAUGCGGGGAUGCCGGGCAUUUGAAGGCACAUUGUCCACAAUUGAGUGGGGCAAGGACAUCGGGACCAAGUAGUGGCCCGACGGGUACGCGGAAUCAACCCGGGGCUUCUCAAGCAAGCCGGGGACAUGGGGGAGCAAGUGCGAGCAACGCGCCAUCCGUGAACCAAGGGAGGACCCAGGCUAGGGUCUAUGCGAUGACGGAGGCGGAUGCUCAAGCUAACCCGGACUCCGUUGCAGGUAUUGCCUCUCAUAUACUAGUGUUUUAUCCUUAAUUAGUCCAUAAAUUGAGGAUACUAAUCGCUAGGAUCAUUGCACGAGGUUUUGGGGUCGAACCGGGGGAUUUCGGGCAACUUCAGGCGGCUGGGACCCAGGCACGAUCGUGCCUAAGGCAGACACGAUCGUGCCUCCAAGUCAGUAGCUGCCCAGGAAUAAUCCCAACCCAGGCACGAUCGUGCCUAAGGCAGACACGAUCGUGCCUACAAGGCAGUAGCUGCCCAGGGUUUUUCUCCAAACCAGGCACGAUCGUGCCUAAGGCAGACACGAUCGUGCCUCCAAGUCAGUGGUUCCCAGGAUUUGUCCAACCCAGGCACGAUCGUGCCUAAGGCAGACACGAUCGUGCCUAAGGCAGACACGAUCGUGCCUCCAAGGCAGUAGCCCCAGGGCGUUUUCCUGAGCCAGGCACGACCGUGCCUACCCCGGGCACGCCGUGCCUGGCACCCAGAUUGCCGAAACCCGAUUUUUUCGCAUCGUUUUGCGGCGUUAAGGCCUCUUCUUGAUCCCUAACGUGCGUGUGAACAUUGCAACCUUCUAUAAAUGAGUAGGGAGGGUAGGAAAGAUGUCUUACAUGGUUCAUGAAUGUAGGGACACUAAAGAUUAACGGGAAGGAUGCACGAAUCCUUAUCGAUACCGGAGCGCAACGUUCAUUCGUGAGUGAGGCGUUUGCCGAGAGCUUAGAGAUGCAAUCAAUACCAAUGACACAAACCUUAGUGGUAUCAACCCCACUAGGGGAAGACGUUGAAAGAAACAAUUACUAUCCAUCUUGUAUGGUGGAAAUCGGUGGCCAAACCUUGACGUGUGAUUUCGUACCGCUGAGUAUGAUGGAGUUCGAUGCAAUCCUAGGGAUGGAUUGGCUAGAAAAGCAUCAUGCUAGGGUAGAUUGCUACACAAAGGUGUUGGAACUCGAAGGCACACAGGGGGACACCCUACGCUUCGAGGGGGACCGCGGCAAAUCAAAUAGUUGUAUCAUAUCCGCCGUGAGAGCGAGAAAUAUGAUGAGGAAGGGAUGCCACGCAUAUCUAGCAUACGUGGUUGACAAAACCAAAGAGGAAACGAACAUCGAUGAUGUGAGGGUGGUUUGUAAGUAUCCGGAUGUCUUCCCUAAAGACCUACCGGGGCUUCCACCUGACAGAGAGAUUGAAUUUGUGAUCGAGGUCGAGCCUGGUACCAAACCAAUCUCCAUACCGCCAUACCGGAUGGCACCCGCUGAACUUAACGAGUUGAAAACCCAAUUGCAAGAGCUUUUGGAUAACGGUUUCAUUAGACCAAGCCACUCCCCGUGGGGAGCACCGGUUCUUUUUGUGAAAAAGAAAGAUGGGACACUUCGAAUGUGCAUUGACUAUCGUCAACUGAACAAGGUCACAAUCAAGAAUAGGUAUCCGUUGCCUAGGAUUGAUGACUUGUUUGAUCAACUACGAGGAGCAACCGUGUUUUCGAAGAUUGACUUGAGGUCGGGUUACCAUCAAUUGAAGAUUAAGGAAGAUGACAACCAAAAAGUGCUUUUCGCACAAGGUAUGGGCACUUUGAAUUCCUUGUUAUGUCGUUUGGGUUAACAAACGCCCCAGCGGCAUUCAUGGACUUGAUGAACCGAGUAUUCCAUAAAUACUUGGAUCGAUUCGUGAUUGUGUUCAUCGAUGACAUCUUGAUUUACUCAAAGAGUGAAGAAGAGCACGAGGAGCACUUGAUACUUGUUCUAGAGACACUACGGGAGAAGCAACUUUAUGCCAAAUUUUCUAAAUGCGAAUUUUGGCUAAAGGAGAUUGGCUUCCUCGGGCACGUGGUUUCGGGAUCGGGAAUUGCUGUUGAUGACAAGAAGAUAGAAGCCAUUACCGAAUGGGAGAGGCCAAAGAACGUCAAGGAAAUUCGUAGUUUCCUUGGAUUGGCAGGCUACUACAGAAAGUUCGUGGAGAAGUUCUCUGUUUUGGCAUCACCAUUGACAAAGCUCACUCGUAAAGGAGCUAAGUUUGUAUGGGAUGACAAAUGUGAGAAGGGGUUCAUGGAACUAAAGAAGCGAUUGACCGAGGCACCGGUACUUGCAUUACCCAAACAGGGUGUGGGGUACGAUGUCUAUAGCGAUGCAAGCAUCCAAGGGUUUGGAUGUGUACUGAUGCAGAAUGGGAGGGUAAUCGCCUAUGCUUCACGACAAUUGAAGAAGCAUGAGGUGAAUUAUCCUACUCAUGAUUUGGAGCUCGGGGCAGUGGUAUUUGCACUGAAGAUAUGGAGACAUUAUCUCUACGGGGAGACAUGUCACAUAUACACUGAUCACAAGAGCUUGAAGUACGUGUUUACUCAGAAAGAGCUAAACAUGAGACAGAGACGGUGGAUGGAGCUGAUAAAAGACUACCAUCUAGUGAUAGAGUAUCACCCAGGCAAGGCAAACGUGGUGGCAGAUGCUUUGAGCCGGAAGAGCUCGUCUGGGGCAUUGAUAACUAAUUUGAGGGCAUUAAGAGCCCAACUGGAGGUAACCAGCGAUGGUGCCUUAUUGGCACGAUUUGAGGUGAGACCCACUUUACUUGAUAAGAUCAAGAAGGGUCAGGAAGCCGACGAAGAACUUAUGAAGGUCCGGGAACGCAUGCAAGCGGGGCCGGUGGAGGAUUUCAGGGAAAGAGAUGAUGGUCUCUUGUUAUUUCGUGACCGUGUGUGUGUACCGUCAGAUGAUGAGCUCCGAAAGUCCAUCUUAGAGGAGGCUCAUUCAUCGGCUUAUGCCAUGCACCCGGGGGGCACGAAAAUGUACCGUGAUUUGAAGGAAAGUUACUGGUGGUCUGGAAUGAAGAGGGAAAUAGCCGAGUACAUCAGUCGGUGCCUUACUUGUCAACAAGUUAAGGCAGAACAUCAGCACCCAGCAGGCUUAUUGCAACCACUCUCCAUCCCUGAAUGGAAGUGGGAGCACGUGACUAUGGAUUUCGUGGUAGGCUUACCACGGACUAUCAGGAACUAUGACGCGGUUUGGGUCGUUGUGGAUAGGCUCACAAAGAGUGCACACUUCUUGCCUAUCAACACUACCUACCCACUUGAGAGGUUAGCCAAAUUGUAUACGGAUGAGAUCGUGAGGCUGCAUGGGGUCCCGGUGACCAUUGUAUCUGAUAGAGACCCACGAUUCACAUCACGUUUUUGGCCGAAAUUCCAGGAGUCUAUGGGAACGAAGUUGAAGUUCAGCACUGCUUUCCAUCCACAGACGGAUGGGCAGUCUGAAAGGGUUAUACAGAUCCUAGAAGACAUGCUGAGGGCUUGUGCAUUGGAGUUCCAGGGGAGUUGGGACAACCACUUAGCACUUGUGGAGUUUGCCUAUAACAACAGUUAUCAGGCAAGCAUCGGCAUGCCUCCAUACGAGGCAUUGUAUGGGAGGAGGUGCCGUACACCGUUAUGCUGGGACGAAGUUGGCAUGGCCAAACUCGAGGGUACUGAGUUGGUGGAGGUCACCAAAUCAAAGGUGAAGUUAAUUCGAGAGAGACUCAAGGCGGCUCAGGAUAGACAAAAGAGUUAUGCAGAUAAGCGUCGAAGAACCUUAGAGUUUAAGGUUGAUGACGAGGUAUUCUUGAAGGUUUCUCCUUGGAAAGGGAUCAUUCGGUUCCAAACCCGAGGAAAACUUAACCCACGAUAUAUAGGUCCAUUUAGGAUUAUAGAGAGGAUGGGAGCCGUUGCAUAUCGUCUACAGUUGACUCCUGAGUUAGAGAAGAUACAUAAUGUGUUUCAUGUAUCCAUGCUUAAGAAGUAUGUGCAUGAUCCUUCUCAUGUGUUGGAGAAGCCGCCCGUGGAGGUACGUGAAGAUUUGAACUAUGCCGUGCAACCGGUAAGAGUUAUUGACAGAAAAGUGAAGAAACUGAGGAGUAAAGAAGUUCCAAUGGUUAAAGUCCUUUGGAAAAGUGACCGGGUCGAAGAAGAGACUUGGGAAACAGAAGCUUUGAUGAGGAAGCAGUAUGCAUUCCUAUUUGAGUAGAGCUGUGAAUUUCGGGGACGAAAUUCCUGUUAAGGGGGGGUGAACUUGUGACACCGCUCCCGAAGGUCCUUGAAAAUUUGAUUUAAAAUUUUAAGUUUAUGUAUUGGAUUUCUGAUUUCCAAACAUUUGUUAAACGAUUAAUGUUUUACGUAAUUAAUGACCGAUUAUUAUACUGUUCGAACUCGUAUAUUAGUAUCGGGCUGGCGAAUACUCAUUUUGGGCCCAACCUGCUAAAAAUAGCAAGUAUUCGAGAAUGGCGUCCUGGAUCCACUCGGGAGUGACCCACACGGCUAGUAGUCCAAUAAUAUGUAUGACAAAUGUCAAAUAAGUGAUAGAAUGAUUAAAGGAGAAUACAAAUGCCUAUAACCCCAUCUUUGGCAUUAUUGAGCUAAAUAAUGGGAGUAGGAUUUUCCUCCUAUAAUAUCCAUCAAGUAAAUUAUUGAGAUGAGCCUACACAUAUUGGAGACCAAUAAUGUGAUGUAGGAAGUUGACUUGUUCUAAAUAAAUUAGGAUGAGUACAAAAAGACAUCUUUUGACAAAAGAUAAAACAAUAGGACCCAUCUUCCCAUUUUUUUUGGAAGUAUUGGUAGAUAUUUUGGACCCCAAAAUGAUUGGGAUCAAUUGGGAACCACUCCACAUGCCUUGGUAACAUGAUUGAGAGCUCUUGUAUACUCCCACAACCCCCCAUUCGACCCCCCAAAAGAGAUAAGAGAGCAAAGGUAUCCACACAACUCAAAAGGGAAGGAAGAAGGAGAGCAGUCCGCAGGUUCUUUCUUUAGUGCGAAGCUCUUACUGUUCGAACCAUAACUUGAGAUUUACUCGUCCAAUUAAGGCGUAUAAGGUACCAAAAGAAAGCUCUCAAGACGAGGAAUCCGUGGAGGUCUGGUUUGCAUCAAUCGGAGUAGUGGAAGGCUUCCAGAUUGUCCGAACAAAACGCAACCUCGCAGAACACAGUUUUGUAUUCAACGAAACGAGUUAACCGGAAAACGCCCGUUCUAGGGACUGUUUUCGUGUCAUUCGGUUAGGAGUGGAGCUGGCAGCUGGAGGAGGCUGUUUAACACUCAUUUCUAAGCAAGGAAUCAGUUCUAAAUCAACCUUGACCAAAGCCUUGACCAUUGGAUCAAGAAGGAAAAGUUUAAAGCUCAAUUAAGGUUGAGGCUAGAGCUUGCAUCCUGUGCUCGUUGAUCGAGUGAUUCCUCGGAGAGAAGACUUGGUUCGUGCUUCCUCCAUUCUAUUUGAAACAUUAAUAAAUUUGCUCAUGGAUAUUUUACUAUAGAGCCUGCGUGCUCAUGAAUAGCCCGGUGUGGCCUUUGUUUUAAACAAUGUUUUCCGUUGUGUUAUGAAUUACUUAUUAUGUUUGUUUAUGGAUGUUAUAUGUGUGAAUGAUAUUCAUGACGCCUUGUAUAAUAUGAAUGUGUUGGACUGCGGUUGACUAUUCGUAUUGUACGGCGGGUUGUUGACGUGUCCGGGUAGGUCCGGGGCGUGACAUCGGGGACUUGUGAUUGCAUUGAUUUUUGAGUGUUUAUAUUUUUACUUUUAAUUACUUUUUAUGGUGUGUUGUUGUGGUAAUUGCACAUUUAAGGUGCAAUCAUUUUAUUUUUCUAGUUUGUUGUAAUUUAGUAAAUUUAGAAUCAUCUUGAGCAAGAAACAAUCAAGAAUCAACAAAGGAUCAUGGAAGGGAUCUUACAAGAUCAAAGGAAAGUGCAAGGGAACAAGAAAUCAUGCAAGAAAUGUGAUUUGGUGACUUACCCGGUCGGGUAUAGUCUUUACCCGGUCGGGUAUGAAGUGACCCGGACAAAAAGACGUGCAGAAAACACAAAAUUGUGGGCAAAAUAUUUGAUUUUGACAAAUACCCGGUCGGGUAUCUCAAAUACCCGGCCGGGUAUCCGGUGCAGCACCUUCAAAACACCUAUAAAUAGCCCCAUUUUCCUUCACUUUUAAGCAUCCCUUCUUCCAUACUCUUAAG